AUGCCUCAGAAGUGUCCCUUGAAUGCCUUCUGCACAAACCUGCCUGGGAGUUACAACUGCACUUGCAUGGCGGGCUACAGAGGUGACGGCCAGACGCUGUGUUCAGAUAUAGAUGAGUGCCAAAUAAACAAUGGUGGAUGCAGUGCCAGGGCCACAUGUGCUAACAGCGUGGGGUCUUUUUCCUGUCUCUGCCCCUUGGGAUUUAAUCUAGUUAACAGCACCAUAUGCCAGGACAUAGAUGAAUGUCAGGUACUGGAAAAGCCUUGCAAGGUCUACGAGAAAUGUUCCAAUAAAGAGGGUUCUUAUGAGUGCUCCUGCUUGACAGGGUUUACUCGUCCUAGUAAGAACGCAGAAUGUUCUGAUAUUGAUGAGUGUCUAAUAUAUCAGUCAUGUCACCCCAAUGCAACCUGUGUCAACUCAGUUGGUUCUUUCAUGUGCACGUGUAAAAAUGGAUUCAAUGGAAAUGGAACUUAUUGUGAGGAUGUGAAUGAAUGCGCAGCAGAGGGUGCAUGUCACCCAUAUGCUCUAUGCCAAAAUAUCCCAGGGGACUACUCUUGCCGAUGCCAAAAGGGCUUUGAGGGAAAUGGCUUCACCUGCUUAGACGUGGAUGAAUGUGCACUAUCAAACACUGCCUGCCCUGCUACAUCAGUGUGUAUUAAUUCUCCAGGAACAUAUGUGUGCUCUUGUAAGAAUGGUACAGUGGUAUAUAAUAACUCCUGUGCCCCACCUAGCAAAUGGUGUAGCCCUCCUUGCCAUCCAUUUGGCCUUUGCCACCCUUCACCUAUGGGAUAUCAAUGUGUAUGUGAUGUCGGGUUUAAAGGGAAUGGAUUCAGCUGUUCAGACAUAGAUGAAUGUCAGCAGAAUGUGUGUCUCAGGAAAGACACAGAGUGUGUAAACAGUCCAGGCUCAUUCUCCUGCAUCUGCAAAGUUGGUUACUCACAAAAUGGGACAGAAUGCACAGAUGUGGACGAGUGUACUUCUGGAAAAGCCGAGUGCAGUGAGUUUGCAAAGUGCAUCAACACUGCUGGAAGUCACCUGUGCUUAUGUCUCAGUGGUUUUACGGGAAAUGGAAAAAACUGUACUGACAUUGACGAGUGCCAGUCUCAAAACGGAGGGUGCCAUCAUUUUGCCAAGUGCACUAACACUCCUGGAUCUUACAAGUGCACUUGCCCAAUUGGUAUGCCUGGUUCAGGGUUUGAUUGCAUGGAUGUGGAUGAGUGUUUGGAGAAUUCAACCCUGCACCACAACUGCAGUCGUCAUGCUUUGUGCAACAACACGCUGGGAUCUUAUAUCUGCCACUGCCUGGAGGGAUACCAGGGAGAUGGCUUUAUCUGUGCAGAUGUGGAUGAGAUACCAUGA